CUGUUACUCGCCUUCACCCAUCCUCUCAGGGUUUGAAGGAGUUCAUCAAUGAGGUUAACACACUUGCAUCUCUGCAACAUCCAAACCUAUGUAAGUUGCUAGGUUAUCAUGCACGAGAUAGUUCAGAGCAAAGAAUGCUGAUCUAUGAGAGGCUGUUUCAUGGGAGCUUGGACCGCUUACUAUAUGGGAGAUCAGAUGGGCCACUCGUUGAUUGGAACACCAGAAUGAAGAUUGCUUUAUGCGCUGCACAAGGUCUUACUUUCUUGCAUGAGGAAGGACCUUUCCAGGCAAUGUACAAUGAAUUUUCAACUGCCAACAUACAAAUUGAUAAGGAUUUUAGUGCAAAGCUUUCAGGUUAUGGUUGUGUGGGUCAUAUUCCAGAAGCAGAGAUCUCUAAUAGUUCAGUUGCUUUAGCAAACCUUUCAGUUGAAACGUUAGAAAGAGGACUGCUGACUCCAAAGAGUAAUGUGUGGAGCUUCGGGAUUGUUCUUCUUGAACUACUUACUGGGAAGAAGAAUCUUGACAGUCGUCAUCCCAAGGAAGAAUGGAACUUGGUUAAAUGGAGUAAGCCUUUCCUGGCUGAUGAUUGCCGACUAUCUCUCAUCAUGGAUCCUCUUCUGAAAGGCCGCUUUCCAGCCAAAGCAGCACGUGCAGUAGCUGACAUUGCCCAAAGAUGUCUUCAAAAAGAUCCAUCAGAAAGGCCGACCAUGAGAACAAUUGUUGAACGUCUCAAAUUCAUACAAGAUAUGAAAUACUCCUGCCGGUUCCCCCUGCAAGAGCCUGCACUUAUUUCUGGAAAACAGAUGUCAAGAUCUCCUAGUCUUAACGGAAUAGUGACCCCAGCACCAAGGUUAAGUUUCUCUCCAUCUCCACCAUCAAGAAGUCGACCGUCUGUUUCUCCUCCAAGACCUCAUGGACUGCCGUUGUCACUCCCACCACGAGCUUGUUCAUCAGUUCUUUCACUUGAGGAACUUGAGAGGCAAGAAAGUCAAAAAUCAUCUUCGACAGUUCGGAGGCCAAGUGUUGAAGGAUUUUGAUUGUUAAUAUAUGCAUUUUUUUUUUCUUAAAUUUUUUUAUUUUGGAAUUCAACACAGCAUAUAGGAGAUGAGUUGUUGUUCUUCAACCUUUGCUGAUCCUCAGGAUGAUUAAAUAGAGAGGAUGGUGUUUUGUAGAUAAAUUUAAAGAACUCGAUUAAUCUUCUCUGAUCUAGAAAUGCACAGUACAUAGAAAUUUUACUCUA